CAGCAGCUUCUGUACCAGAAACAGAUCAGUCUCAGUAUUGCUUCACCUUACUCUGUAUGGUCUACAUCCCGCAGACAUGGACUUCCAAGUGCUGAUGUACACGGUGCUAUCGCUUUCUAUCCUCCACGCGUUUGCGCUCUAGCUGUGCGCUCCAGGCCCGAGGAGCGUCCAGCUGCUGACGAGAAAGGGACUGAUAUUAUUUUCUCAUUCACUGACACAUCACUGUGCAAGAGAGAGGGGGGAUAGUAGAGACCUAGCAGCAGAGGAGACCACACAGUCGUGACAGCUAAGACCGUUUCUGGAUAUCGGACAACAGACAGUGGCUUUUUUGUGUCCUCCAUCAUGGCGAGUGACUCUCCAGCACGGAGUCUGGACGAAAUCGACCUAUCUACUUUGAGAGAUCCCGUCGGCAUCUUUGAGCUGGUUGAGCUGGUGGGAAAUGGCACAUAUGGGCAGGUGUACAAGGGCUGCCAUGUUAAGACGGGGCAGUUGGCAGCAAUCAAGGUCAUGGAUGUCACAGGGGAUGAGGAAGAGGAGAUUAAGGCAGAAAUUAACAUGCUGAAGAAGUACAGUCACCAUCGGAACAUUGCUACCUACUACGGAGCUUUCAUCAAGAAAAAUCCGCCUGGCAUAGAUGACCAGCUAUGGCUGGUCAUGGAGUUCUGUGGAGCUGGCUCAGUGACUGACUUGAUCAAGAACACCAAGGGCAACUCUCUGAAAGAGGAAUGGACUGCUUACAUCUGCAGAGAGAUUCUCAGGGGUCUGACUCAUCUCCAUCAGCACAAGGUCAUCCACAGAGACAUCAAGGGACAGAACGUCCUGCUGACUGAGAAUGCAGAGGUCAAGCUAGUGGACUUUGGGGUUUCAGCCCAGUUGGACAGAACAGUAGGAAGGAGAAACACAUUUAUUGGGACACCAUAUUGGAUGGCGCCAGAGGUUAUUGCCUGUGACGAGAACCCUGAGGCCACAUAUGACUUCAAGAGUGAUUUAUGGUCACUGGGAAUCACAGCAAUAGAGAUGGCUGAAGGAGCACCACCACUCUGUGAUAUGCAUCCAAUGAGAGCCCUCUUCCUCAUUCCACGCAACCCUGCCCCCAGACUAAAGUCAAAGAAGUGGUCAAAGAAGUUCCAGUCAUUCAUAGAGAGCUGUCUAGUAAAGAGCCACAGCCAGAGACCCAGCACAGAGCAGCUCCUCAAACACCCAUUCAUCAAGGACCUGCCCAAUGAGAGGCAAAUUCGCAUCCAGCUCAAGGAUCACAUCGACCGCACCAAGAAGAAGAGAGGAGAGAGGGAUGAAACAGAAUAUGAGUAUAGUGGCAGUGAAGAGGAGGAUGAAGACAGAGACAGUUGUGAACCAAGCUCCAUCAUCAACAUCCCCGGGGAGUCAACCCUGAGGCGAGACUUCCUGCGCCUACAGCUCGCCAAUAAGGAGCGUUCAGAGGCCCAACGGCGGCAACAGCUGGAGCAACAGCAGAAUGAGGAGCACAAGCGCUUACUGUUGGCUGAGAGACAGAAACGCAUCGAAGAGCAAAAGGAGCAGAGGAGGCGACUGGAAGAACAACAGCAGCGUGAGCGUGAGCUGAGGAAACAGCAAGAGAGGGAACAGAGAAGACGUUAUGAGGAAAUGGAGCAGCUCCGUAGAGAAGAGGAGAGGAGGCAUGCAGAAAGAGAACAGGAGUAUAUCCGUAGACAGCUGGAAGAGGAACAGAGGCAGUUAGAGAUUCUCCAGCAGCAGCUACUGCAGGAACAGGCAUUACUGCUGGAGUACAAGCGCAAGCAGAUUGAGGAGCAGCGGCAGGCAGAGCGGCUACAGAGGCAGCUCCAGCAGGAGAGAGCCUACCUAGUGUCUUUACAGCAGCAGCAGCAGCAACAACAGCAGCAGCAGCAGCAGGAGGGAAGACAAGCAGAGAAGAAACCGCUUUACCACUAUAAGGAUGUCGUUAAUCCUAACGACAAGCCUGCCUGGGCUAAAGAGGUCCCGAAGCAGCAGCAGCAUGUUCAUGGUAACCCACCUCGUUCCCGCAUUCGACAUCAUCAGUCAUUCAACCAGCCUCAAACUUCAGCUUCUAGCUCUCACGGCCAAUCUAGACCUCAGGCCCCUAAGCAUAAUCUGUCUCAUUCUCCCCAGCUUCUCUCCAGCCAGCUUCCCCAUAUAUGUAUUUCAGUAGACCCUGGUGAACCCCUAGAUCCAGAGUUGAAGCUGGAGAUAAGCCAGCAGGUCAAAGAACUUAGAGCUCAGAAACACAAUCGAAGGGGGCGUAGCCCUGGGUAUGUCCCAGAGCACAGUAAGUCUGCUGGCCAAGGGCCCAGUAAAGGUCCUGUCAAGAGCCCCAAACAAGGCUCGCGUUAUCUACCAGAGCCUAGCAGUCAAAAUGGGAAGCAUAGAGAUAGACGUCUAUCUGUCCCAAGUCAGCCAACCAUUAAGGGGCUAAUGUCUCAAGACUCACAGCUUAAGGCUCGACCUCAUCCGAUAUCUCCAGGACAGAUCCAGAAUCCCAUGCCUUCCAAACCCGUGUCCUUAAUGGUGGAGGAGCGAUCCAAGCUGAACAGGCAGAGCUCUCCAGCACUGCAGCACAAAGUGUCCAACCGCAUCUCCGACCCCUCCCUCCCACCCCGCUCCGAGUCCUUCAGCAGCGGGGGCAUGCAGCCUGCCCGCACCCCACCCAUCCACCGUUCCAAUGAACCACAGAUGGCUCACCUGGUUCCUGUGAAAACCCACACUAGCUCCAUGUCUGGCUCUCAAUCUCUGCAGGACCAGAAAGACUCAGCUCUCAGUGAGAGUGUGAGUGUGGGCUCCCCCAGGCCUGAGAUGCCUCGUCAGAACUCAGACCCAACUUCUGACACCCCGGGACCUCCACAGCGCAAUGCUGGCAGGGAGGAACGGGAUCGUGACAGGGAUCGAGAUCGGGAUCGGGACAGAACCGCUUGGCUGAGAGAGGAGGACAUCCCACCCAAGGUACCCCAACGGACCACUUCCAUCUCCCCAGCCUUGGUCAGGAAAAACUCUCCUAAUGGAGGAGUAGGUCUGGGUCCUCGGACGGGUUCUCAGCUCAUAAGGGCAAGCAACCCUGACCUGCGGCGCUCUGAACUCUCUUUGGACGCUAUGCUGCAAAGAACCUCUUCCAACUCAUCAUCUUCCUCGUCCCCUUCAUCUCAGGGAGGUUCAGCUGAGAGGAGAGGUCAAACCAAGCAGGAGGGAUCCCCUCUAGGAGCCAAUCAAGAAGCAAAGCUCAAGCAGGAGGAGGGACGUGAAUCAACAAGACCCAGCAGACCUGCCGACUUAAGUGCAUUAGCUAAGGAACUCAGAGAACUAAGGGUAGAGGAGGGAAGCAGACCUCCAGUGAAGGUGACAGACUACUCGUCUUCCAGUGAAGAAUCAGAGAGCAGCGAUGAAGAUGGGGAGACAGACGGAACUGUUGCUGUGAGCGAUAUUCCCCGCAUAAUGCCAGCAGUGCAGAGCAGUGGAGAGUCAUAUGGAGGGUUGACAGAAGACUCUCUGGGAGAUGCGUAUAACAGCUCGAAGGACAGUACUCUAGUAAUGAGAGAGGCAGAGGAGAGGAGGAGAGGAGGUCAUAGUGAGAGUAACGGGUUUGGAAAUCAUGGUAACCAUGGUAACCUCCCUGACCUGGUGCAACAGAGCAACUCCCCGUCAGCGACGCCCACCACAGCCCUGCAGGAGCUCAGCGACAUGGCUGAGUUUGGUGUUGGUGGGUCCAAAGCAUCAUUUACUCCAUUCGUUGAUCCACGGGUCUAUCAGACCUCCCCAAGUGAUGACAAUGAGAACUCAGCAGCAGCCAUGUUUGCCAAUGAGCUGCUGAGGCAGGAGCAGGCACGACUAAAUGAAGCCAGGAAGAUCUCUGUGGUAAAUGUCAACCCCACCAACAUCAGACCCCACAGUGACACGCCAGAGAUCCGCAAAUACAAGAAACGCUUUAACUCCGAGAUCCUUUGUGCUGCACUCUGGGGUGUGAAUCUACUAGUGGGGACAGAAAAUGGUCUCAUGCUGCUCGACCGAAGUGGACAGGGAAAAGUUUAUAACCUGAUCACCAGAAGGCGUUUCCUACAGAUGGAUGUACUAGAGGGCCUCAAUGUGUUGGUCACCAUAUCUGGGAAAAAGAAUAAGUUGCGUGUCUACUAUUUAUCCUGGCUGAGGAACAGAAUAUUGCACAACGACCCAGAAGUAGAGAAAAAGCAGGGCUGGAUUACCGUAGGAGAACUGGAAGGCUGUGUGCAUUAUAAAGUUGUCAAAUAUGAGAGGAUCAAGUUCCUGGUGAUUGCUCUGAAAAAUUCAGUGGAAAUCUAUGCCUGGGCUCCAAAACCCUACCACAAGUUCAUGGCCUUUAAGUCAUUUACAGACCUACAGCAUCGUCCCCAGCUGGUUGACCUGACGGUAGAAGAAGGUCAGAGGUUAAAGGUCAUCUAUGGCUCCAGCGUGGGCUUCCAUGUCAUUGAUGUGGACUCAGGCAACCCUUAUGACAUAUACAUUCCCUCACAUUGUGCCAAACAGAUGAAGAUCCAGAGCCAGGUGACACCCCAUGCCAUCGUGGUGCUGCCAAAGACUGAUGGAAUGGAGAUGCUGCUGUGUUACGAGGACGAGGGUGUCUAUGUCAAUACCUAUGGUCGAAUCACCAAGGACGUGGUGCUACAGUGGGGAGAGAUGCCUACCUCUGUUGCCUAUAUUCAUUCUAAUCAGAUUAUGGGCUGGGGUGAGAAAGCCAUAGAGAUCCGUUCUGUAGAAACGGGUCACCUGGAUGGAGUUUUUAUGCACAAGAGAGCCCAGAGACUAAAAUUCCUGUGUGAGCGGAAUGACAAGGUAUUCUUUGCAUCCGUGCGCUCAGGAGGUAGCAGCCAAGUGUUCUUCAUGACGCUGAACAGAAACUCUAUGAUGAACUGGUGAUGUCUCCCCUUACUCACUCUGCCUCACUCUCCCACUGGUGGCAGCCGACCUUGUCCCACCACACAUCUCACAAGUGAACCCGACUCACCGAGAUGCCACAAAUGAACUGUUGCAACACUGGAGAGGCUAACAAAGUGUAGAGAGAGAAAAAGAAGUUAUUUUAGUGGGAAAAAGACCAAUUCUAAAUAAAGACAGAAGUUAUUCUAGAUUAAACCGGGUCAUUCAGAAGCCAUCCAGCUGACUGGCAAACUGGUGCCACCGACUUUCCAAACAAUCUCUUCUUCCCUGUUUCUCUGCAACUCUUCUUUUUAUGUAGCUCAAUUUUUGUCUUUAUUCCCUCAAAACUGACCAGUGCAUCCAAGUGUUUGACAAAUGUAGAAAUACACUUUUGACCUUUCUUAAACCCCCCCCCCCCCAUCCAUCUUGGUAGCUCAAAAGUCAUUUUUAGUCCUUUGAGACCCAUAUUCAUCAAUUUCUUUACUUCCUAUACACUGUAUGUGGAAUACUACUACACCUCAGAGAGAAGCAAUAUAUGAAUACAAUUUAAUCUAAAUUUAAAUAUACUUCUAAUAGAACGGUGCAGGGAGAGCAGCUGAGAGAUGACAAAUCCUCUUUGAAUGUCAGCGAUGAAAGCAGACAGCCUGAUUGAUUUUCUUUCUCCUUUGACACUCCCUUCCUCCUCCACUUCCUCCCCUCACUAUCUUUUGGUUUCUGAGAAAACCGAGUUGUGAUUUAAUGUUCGAUCGCAUGCCACCGAUAGAGAUGCGGUGAGACAUUCUGCCGUCAGGUUGGUCUUAACAGUAUGCAAAGAUGAUAUCUGUGUCCCUUUAAAAUGAAAUCACUGGUCCUUUCCCUUCUUUGUUUUCCUUUCCUUCCUUCCUCACCUCACCCCUUUUCGCCAACAUCGUGAUGAUGAUCUCUUCACUUUUACGUCUUUAAACUCUGAAGGUGCUGCAUCAGAUAUACUGUAAUAUUAAACGAGCAAUGGGAGUGGGGUUUUUUUGUUUUGUUUAUUUCUGUUCUUUUAUUUUUCUGUGGGACAGUUUUGAGUCAGACAGUCUUUGAAGUUUGAUGAAAUGUACAGCACAUCUGUGUCUCUGAAAUCAGGAGUGUAUUUUAGUGUGUACGUAUGCGUGCGUGUGUGAAUUUGUGUGUCUCAAUCAAAGUUGGACAUUGAAAUCAAUGUCCAGCGAGAAUAAAGUAAUUCAUGUCUUUGUGUGUAAACUUACCUUAAUCUGAUCAAAGCAACACUGAGUGUGUUUACAUGCAGAUUUAUAAUUUUAUCUUCGUAGUAUGAAGUUUAUGAGUUGGUGUCUGAACACCAUACGUUUAAAAUAGGCAAUAUUAAUGGCUGAUUUUGGGGGGGAGGGGGGUGUUUUGUGUGUUUCCAUGAACACAGUAGUGUCUUGGCUGUUCACUCUUACAGCCACUUAGCUGCAGAAAUAUGACAAUGCAUAUAAAGAGCUCAUAGCCUCAACAGGAUAUGAGCUACUAUCCCAAAUACUGUGUGCAUGUGAAAGCACUCGUUGUUAACAACUGUGGGGUCUUCUUGAAUCAUGCUCCUCCUUGGUUGGUUCUUCUGAUUUUUGGCUCCUAACUGUUUGUACAGUGCCUAGCAUGAUGUAAGCAAAACUUAAUCAGAGGCCAAAAAAUUACAGCUUUUUUUGGCCUAUAUGGUUACAUUACAGGUUUGUUUUUGGUUGGGUUUUUUUUUUAAUCUCUGUGAAGGUUAUUAUCUAACUUAACUCACUGGCGAUGUUAUUUUUCUCCACUUAUGGAGAUGUACAUUAACAAAUUUAAGAGUUUGAUUAUUCUUUGAAAGGAGCAACUAAUUAUGACGAAACUUUGCCAUAUAUGUCCAAAUACUUUGCACAGCUCAAUCAUCAAAAUUAUGAAAUUGAUUUUACUUGUCAAAAUUGAGGCGAUUUUGGCUUUACAUUAAAACCGUCAUCAACCCACCACCUGGAGACAAGCUUCGGGCAGCUCAUGUAGAACUCAGUUACUGUAACUAUAAAAAUGUGAAGACUUUGCAUGAGCAGUAAAUUAAAACCACUAAAGACCUAAAACUCACACCUUUAACCUAAAUGCAACCAGCUGGCACACCUGCCACAUAUAAUAGUCCUGGUGAUGGUUUAAAUUUAAAGUCAGAGCUUAAAAAGAUGGACUCCUGUUUUGUAAUAACUUUGCUCUUAGAUUUCUCAGUAAAUUGGUUUAUGGUUCACAAAAAAUGGACAUGUUUCUCAAUGUAAUGAUCCUCUGAUUGAAGUUCUUAUUUUCUGUUAAAUUGUUGAAUGUUUUCUGUUGUAUUUUCAAGGAUUCUUUACACAUCCAUAUACAGUAGUAGCUGUUACUGUGCACCUGUAACUUAGGGUUACCAAUCUCUGUUAGGGGGAGCAGGCUCUAACAUUAUAGCAAUAAAGAGCUUAGCUGCAGAAACCACUGUCUUCCAUGUGUGUGUAAGUGUGCACACAUGCAUUUCUGUGUCUGAUUAAUGAUCAUGUGGGAAUGGGGCAUUAUUGAGGUGUUUGUUAAUCAUUUAAUUCGCUCCCCUCAUUGGAAAAUGCUGACUGUCAUUACACUGAGGUUUCUCCUUUCAAAGACGAAACCACUUUAUUCUUUAUUCAAUUUAAUUCUUGUUUUCUUUAUUUUAAAAGAGCAUUACUAAUGUCCUGUUUUGGGAUUUAUUUGUUUUGUAAAAGAGAUGCUGUAAGAGAGAAAUAAAUGAAACUAGCAUUA